AUGGAUCCGCUCGAGUUCACGCCGUGGCACCAGCUGGCGCCGCGAGGCAUCACCGCGGACGUCAAGGACACAUUCUCCUCCUGGGACAAGUGCAUGUCGAAAGCCUACUGCAAGUGGCCUGCGAUUGUUGGAAUCAUCGUCGGCGGCCUCAUCCUGCUCAGCGUCGUCUGGUGUCUCGUAGGCUGCCUCUGCUGCGGCUACACCUGCUGCAAGGGAUGCUGCGAAUGCUGCUCGUGCUGCUGUCCGUCUUCCUCUCGCAAACCGCCGCCUGCACCCUCCUACGACGGCCGGUCCAAGUUCGCAGACGACUACUCGGGCUACCAGCGUCCCACGCCGCCAGUCUACAACCACCACCAGGCCGCAAGCACAACCCCCAGCUACGCACAGUUCGAUACCCUGGGCUCUCGUCCCGCGCCCACAGUGCCGACAACAACGACCAGAAUCAACGAAGAUGCGCUGCCCAACAUGCCCACCUGGAAAGAAGCCACCACCAGACGGGUGGAGGACACCUCCCACCACAACGAGGAGAUGGAAAUGUCCCAUCUCAACCCGGUCACGGGUCACAGCGUAGUCGAUGACCCGGGUGCCAGCCACGGCUCCGCAUACUACCACCACUCGCAGCCCGUCUCGCCCAUCUACCCGCCAGACCACGACCACAGCCGUCACCCUUCGGCCAUGAACAUGAACAACAUGAACAUGGGCGGAGGAUACAGAGGCACCAGCCCAUCCAUCCCUCCCACUGCCAUCGGCAUCGCACAUUCGCCCGGCUGCGCACCUACACCGCUAUCAAACGCAUACAACCUUGACUCUGCCUCUCAACUGCAACACCAGCAGCAGCAGUACCCGGAUCAGCAGACCUCAGGCCAGAUAUACACCCCACCACGAUACAACACUCAGUCCCCCUCGACCAUCGGCAGGCCUACUCCUGCCCCGCCCGCUGUAGCAGCAGAUGAUGUCUACGGCUACACUCACCCAAACGGAAGCAGUCGCAGCUUCACCCGCUCUCCCGUCCAGCGCACCAGAGCCACGCCCUCGCCGAGACCGCCACUAUCGCCUGUAAACACAUACAGCCAUAGUCCGGACCGCACUGGCUUGCCCUACCCGACUUCCUCGAGAUCUUUCUCCCCCGCCCAGCAGCAGAGGACAUACACUGCCUAUUCUCCAAGUACAUCAACGCCUCCUCCGCCCUGGUCGGGAUCGGGGUCGGGUAGUGCAGACCAGCCACUGAACACAGAGCAGUCGACGCCACAGCCACAGCAAACUCCAAGUCUGUUGAUGGCUGGAAGGAAGCCGGUGGAGAAUUCUUGGAGAGAUGUAUAA